UACACGAAUAAAAUAUAUUUACAAUAUUAUUAAUAAAUUUUUUAUUUAAAAUAAAAUUAUUUUAAAAAUAAAAAUUUUUUAAAUAUUGAAAUUAUAUACUUAAAUAUUUUUAUCAUAUAAAUCUAAUUUUUAAAAUAAAUAAAAAAUAACAUUUAAAAUAAAAAUUGAAUUUUUUGAAUAAAUAUAAUGAUUAUAUAUUAUAUUUAAUUCAUAUUUGUAAAUAAUAUUUAUAUUUUAAUUUUGAUUUAUGUAAAAAUUUUUUUUAAAUAUAUGGAUAUGUUACUUAAUAGUAUAUGUAUUAUAUGAUAUGUGAUUAUUACAUUCAUAUACUAUUUAAUUAUUAGCUAUGAUACAAUUUAAUUGUAAUAAAUAGUAAAAAUUAAAAUUCUAUCUAUAUUGAAGAUUAAACGCUAUUUUUCAAUAUUAAUUUCAUCAGUACAAAAUGAUAUUAAACGUUCUUAAACAGUUUACAACAUAUUAUCGAUGUCCGCUAUUUAAUAAAGGAAUAAGAUUUUAUAGUAUAUAUGAACCACCAUAUCUAAAGAAAAAAGAAUUUGAAAUACCAAUUUAUCCUGUUUUAAAUAUACAAAUUAAAGGAUAUAAAUAUUCUUUACUUGAAAGUUAUCAAAGUUUUAUUCAUAAAAUAGUAAAAGUAUUUAAUAUUACUAUUGAUGACAGUUUUGCCUUUCCUCAUAAAGAAUUUAAAAUAAAAAAAUUAAAAAAAAAUACUACAAUAAUUGAUGCUGAAUAUCAUUUAAAAAUUUAUGAGAGAGAUAUGCAAAUAUCAAAUGUAUCAUCUACAAUAUGCCCUAUUUUUAUUAGGAUAUUAGAAGCAACAUUACCUGAAGGUGUUUCAUUAUCUAUACAUAAAUAUGAUCCAAUUCUAAAAAAGAAAUGUUUAAUUCCAAACAAGGAAUUGCUUGAUCUCAAAACAGAAUUACAAGAAAUGAUAGAAGAUAAAGCAAAAUAAAAUUAAUAAUAAAAAAUUUAAUAUUGAUAAGAAUAUAUAGUUUGUUUAAUAUUAUAAUUUAAAAAAAAUAUUUUGCAAAUUAAUAACACAAAUGAAUUUCAUAAUUCAUAAUAAGAUAUAAACAUUUUAAUAAUAGAAUUCAAAAAGCUUUUAUUGCAUAAAAAUUGUAUAUAAUACAAAAGUAUAUAUGUUCUUUUAUAAAUUUUAAAUAUAUGUAAAUACAGUCUUAUUUAUAUAUGUA